AUGGCGUCGACGACGACGAAACCCGGUCCCGUAAUCAACCUCGAAGAAGAGGCGGAGGACGGUGGUUUAACCGCCGUAGAAAGUUCUAUUCUUACACAGGACGACGAGACUACGAGCGUAUUUGUCUGCGACUCUCCUCCGUUCGACGACAUCGAUUGCGAUCCUUAUUUCCCAUUCGCAGGCCACCCGAUUUCAGAUUCCGGAUCGGAUUCGGAGCUCGAUCCGUACACCUGUCCCAUCGAUUUCUUCGAUCGAGAGUCUUCCGAGGGGGUGUACUUAGGAUCUGAAGGACUCACCGGCGAUGAUUUCAAUGUAUGGGGCUUUUACGAACCCAAGGAGGAAGAUGAAGAAGAGGAGGAGGAGAUUGUCUUGGGGACUAGAUGUGAGUCCGGAUCCGGGUCGGAUCAGCAAGGGCUUCGAGUGACCGGUCUCGAUUCGGAUUCCGAUUACGAAGAUGGCGUGUUCGAUUUCACCUCCGGGGCAGGGGCAGAUGAACCGGGUCGGGUCGAGGUUGGGGCGGGUCUUCCUCCUGUCUGGGACUACGACUUGGGUGAUGUGAUACUAGAAUGCAAGUAA